AUGAAAAGAUGUCUCUCAGACAGUGAAUGCUCAACAAGCCAUGAUGAUGAUGAUGACUUGAUGCCACAUCAUGAUGAAACUAAAAAGAGAAAAAUUACUUCCGAGUUUCCAUCGACGCCUCAAGAAAAAUCAAUUUUACAAUUCCAUCCUACUCAACAACAAGUCAAAGUAAUUUUAAUUGAUUUUGUAAUUCAGAGAGUUCGUGGUGAUGAUGAGGCAAAACAAGAAUGUUUUGAAAAUAAUUUCCUUUUUGGGCAUUUAAAACACAAAUUAAUGAACCAAAAAAGGCUUGAGGCAUUCUCUUUACAGUUCAAACUCACCUCAUGUAUGAUUGAUCAUUUACACAGUCCUGUUGAGAUCAAAAUUUCCAAUAAUCACAAUUGUAUUUUAAUCUCUGAUUAUGAUUUGUCUUCUAUUUGUGUUUUUGAUUUGAAGACUUUGGAACUCGAGAUGACUUGGCCACUUUUUUCAAAUUAUUUCUGUAUUGAAUAUGAUUAUAACGAACGUGGAAAUGAUGCUCUUCUGAUUCCACUUUCAAAUGACCAAUCAAGAGUUUACAAAUUUGAUUUGAGAAAUUUAUUAAGUCGUCACUGCUCAAAAACAACUUUUAAUUCUCUUUGGAAAUCAGAACCAAUCGAUAGCGCUCACGGAAUUGCUGUGUUGAUGAAUUCAUCACCAUGCAGAACGGGAAAUCAGGUUUUUGUUUGCAAUCAUGUAUCAAACUGUAUUCACAUUCUUCGUUCAGAUUCAGGAACAUGCAUUCAAAAAAUUGAAAUUUCUCAUCCAACAGCAAUUGCAUUCUCUGCUGAUUCAGAUUUGAUUGUUUCUGAAGCAUUUAUUGAUCAAAAGAUUACAAUAAUGAAAAGAAAUGCAGAAAAUAACUCAUGGGUUGUUGUCAAACAACUUGGAGGUAAGAAUGGACAUUCAUCAUUUCGUUAUCCUGUGGCUGUGAUGUGUGACAUGGUCAACAACAACUUUUUUGUAGUGGAUGCUUUGAACAAUAGAAUUCAAGUUUUUUCACAAAAUGGUGUGUUUAUCAAGUCCUUCGAUCAACUAAACAAACCAAGCUCUGCCUGUAUUAAUGAAAGGAAUGGAGAAUUGUAUGUUUGUGAGAUUGGCUGUAACAACAAUCAGAAAGUACAGAUUUUCAGGUAA